ACAAAAAUUCUUAAAUUUAACAAUCUAAAUAGCUCAUGCAGAAUUUCUAAUAGCCAAAAAAAUUUAGAAGAAUAAUUUAGCACAUAAAAAUUACUAAUUAGCCAAUAUAAUAUAAAAAAUAGUAAUUUUAAGAAAAACAAAUGGAAAGAGAAACGGCUAACGUUAAACUGAUUGAUUCGAAAACUCCUCCUCUUUCCAUAACCAAACAAUACAAAGCUUGAAUCUUUUCGGUUUUGUUGGGUUCGAAUCGGUUUUGGAGUUUCCAUAAAUCAAAGAAACACGCUUUUUGAGUUUCCAUGGCGGAUCCUGAUUCUUCGGAGGUAAUUUACCUCCAUGGCGACCUCGACCUUCACAUAAUCGGAGCUCGUAGCUUACCCAACAUGGACGUCGUUUCAGAUCACUUUCGUCGUUGUGUCACCGGUUGUGGAACCAUAAAAUACGGUAGAAGUUCAAAACCAGAUCCCAACGAAUCCUCCGACGGUGGCAAACCUCACCGGAGAAUCAUAACCAGUGACCCUUACGUAACCGUUAAUGUCCCUCAAGCUACUGUGGCUCGUACACGUGUCAUCAAGAACGCUCGAGAACCCAAAUGGGAUGAGAAAUUCACUAUUGCAUUGGCUCAUCCACUCGUUAAUCUCGAAUUCAUGGUUAAAGAUGAUGAUCUCUUCGGUGCUGAUUUAAUCGGUACGGCAAAGAUUCCAGCUUUGGAUAUUUCGAGCGGUAAAACGAUUAGUGGGUGGUUUCCGAUUUGUGGGUAUAAUGGGAAUCCGCCGAAGCCUGAUACGGCGAUUCAUUUGGAGAUGAAAUUCACUCGUUGUGAGGAAAACCCUUUGUACCUUCACGGUGUUGCCGGAGAUCCGGAGGAGAAAGGAGUUAGACAGACUUAUUUCCCGGUUAGGAAAGGAAGCUCUGUGAAAUUGUAUCAAGAUGCUCAUGUGUCUGAUGAAAUGCUUCCAAGAAUUGAGCUUGAUGGUGGGAAGGUUUUUACACAAGAGAAAUGUUGGGAAGAUAUUUGUUAUGCUAUUUCUGAAGCUCAUCAUAUGAUUUACCUUGUUGGUUGGUCGAUUUAUCAUAAGGUGAAACUUGUUAGAGAACCCACUAGACCAUUGCCUAGAGGUGGGGAUUUGACACUUGGUGAUUUGCUUAAGUAUAAAUCUGAAGAAGGGGUUAGAGUUUUGUUGUUGGUUUGGGAUGAUAAGACUUCACAUGAUGCUUACUUGAUUAAUACGGCAGGAGUAAUGGCAACACAUGAUGAAGAAACAAAGAAGUUUUUCAAGCAUUCUUCGGUUAUUUGUGUGCUUGCGCCUCGCUAUGGAAGCAGUAAGAUGAGUUAUAUCAAACAACAGGUUGUUGGAACUGUAUUUACACACCAUCAGAAAUGUGUUCUUGUGGAUACACAGGCAGACAGAAAUAACCGUAGGAUAACUGCAUUUUUAGGAGGCAUUGACCUUUGUGAUGGUCGUUAUGACACGCCACAACACAGACUAUUUCGCGAUCUUGACACUGUAUUCAAGGACGAUUUCCAUAAUCCUACUUUUCCUGCGGGAACCAAGGCUCCAAGGCAACCAUGGCACGACCUGCAUUGCAGAAUUGACGGGCCUGCAGCAUAUGAUGUUCUUAUAAACUUCGAGCAGCGUUGGAGGAAAUCAACAAAAUGGACAGGGACGGUGUUCUGUAAAAAAGUUGCACAUUGGCACGAUGAUUCCAUGAUAAAAAUAGGACGUAUCUCAUGGAUACUUAGUCCUUCCAUGCCUGAAUCAAAAACAUCAAAGGAUAAGGCUGCUGUUACAAUUGUACCCGAAGAUGAUAAGAAAUUAUGGGUUUCCACUGAUAAUGAAAGUUGGCAUGUUCAGAUUAUGAGGUCAAUUGAUCAAGGAUCAGUAAAAGGAUUUCCCAAAGUAGUUAAAGAUGCAGUUGCUCUGAACCUUAUAUGCGCGAAGAAUCAAGUAAUAGACCGAAGCAUUCAAUCGGGAUACAUCCAAGCGAUCAGAUCUGCUCAGCAUUUCAUCUAUAUCGAAAAUCAAUAUUUUGUUGGGUCAUCAUAUGGGUGGCCAGAUUACAAAAAUGCAGGAGCUGAUAAUCUAAUCCCAAUGGAAUUGGCCUUAAAGAUUGCUAGCAAAAUUAGAGCUAAUGAGAGAUUUGCUGUUUAUUGUGUUAUACCAAUGUGGCCUGAAGGUGAUCCAAAGUCUGCUCCUGUGCAAGAAAUCCUCUAUUGGCAGAGCCAGACAAUGCAAAUGAUGUAUGAAGUUAUUGCAAAGGCGCUUAAAGCAGCGAAAUCGGACUUAAAACCUGAAGAUUACCUCAAUUUCUAUUGCCUUGGUAACAGGGAAGAUUUUGAAGAGGUUCAGUCGAGUACAGAUACUGCUGUGGUCAGUGAAUCACAAAAUCGUAGGCGAUUUAUGAUCUAUGUUCAUGCUAAAGGUAUGAUAGUAGAUGAUGAGUAUGUCAUUAUAGGAUCUGCUAAUAUCAACCAAAGAUCUCUUGCUGGUACAAAAGACACUGAGCUAGCCAUGGGUUCAUAUCAACCUUAUCAUACUUGGGCAAGAAGGAAAAGACAUCCCCGCGGUCAGAUAUAUGGAUAUAGGAUGUCCCUUUGGGCUGAACAUCUUGGCAAGUUGGAUCACUGCUUUGAAGAGCCAGAAAAUUUAGACUGUGUGAAGAUGGUGAACGACAUUGCCAUACGAAACUGGAACAAUUUUAUGACUGAAGAGUUCACACCAUUACAGGGACACCUUCUGAAGUAUCCUCUACACGUAAAUGAAGACGGAAAGGUUGUUCCCUUGUCUGAUUGUGAUUCAUUCCCAGAUGUUGGUGGUAAAAUAAUCGGAGCUCAUUCUGCGACUCUUCCCGAUGUACUCACCACGUAAACCCGACCCUACGACCCUACUCAUUGUUCAUAAAAUGACUGUUAAUGGGGGUAAUUGGUAUGUUGUACCCUUUACUAGGUUGUUGAGUUUCUAUCUUGAUUCAUUCUUUUCUAUUUUUCGGUCAGCCCCGCCCCGCCUUGCCUCGCUAGAUUGGUUUCAAAUUGUAAAUUUGUGUAAUUCAUAGUUGAAAAAUGUUGGUACUUGGGGGAAUGAAUGUAUUUUCAAACAUGUUUCAUGUAUUUGUAUUCUUGUGAAUUGGAGAGGAAUCACAACAAUUAUUUCUGUAUUACAUAGCAGUCUAAUACAGUUGCAUUUCAAA